AAGAGGAGAAGAGAUCUGUGUGCGUGUGGUACGCAGGCUUCCCAGUGAUUCCCAGGGUAACUUCCCAGAGCUCCUAAAAAGCGCUGGGCCCCUGCGGUGCGGGGAAAAGGGGAGGGGGGACUGGUCCAGGAUGGAGUUGAUGGUGCUGCUCAAUGCUCUGGUUACUCGCCUGCUCUUUGUGUUGCACUCUCUCAUCGGGGUCUGGAGAGUGACUGCAGCGAAGAAAGAACCCAAGUACUGGCUGCUGGCACUGCUCAAUCUGCUCCUGUGCCUGGAGACAGGGCUCACCCUCAAGUUUAAGCAAGGCAGAGGCUACAAAUGGUUUUCACCAGCAAUAUUUUUAUAUCUGAUUUGCACAGUACCAUCACUAUGGCUACUAGAAAUUCAUCAUGGGACUCAGUACUGCGGUAAUGAGCCCGGAGGAGUUCAGGUGAAUCUCAGCAACCAAGACUUCAAUCAAUCCAGAGACAGCAGUCAUGGAAGUGAGAGAACAGAUCACCACAUCAUUCAGACGGCAAAAGUUUUUGUGAAUCAGCUCUCCACAAUCUGUGAGACUGUAUGGACCCUGGCCCUCCACCAGACUUUUCUACUGCUACUAGUGGUUGGGAGAUGGCUUCUCCCCAUUGGGGUUGAAAUCACCCGGGAUCAAUUGUCUCAGCUACUUCUCAUGUUUGUGGGAACAGCAGCAGAUAUACUUGAAUUUGCUAGUGAAACCUUGGACAUCGAAGAUGUUCGGAAGAAUUACGCCCUCAUAAAUGCAAUUCUUGCUGUAUGGACCUGGAGUAUGCUACAGUUUCCACUUGAUCUCGCAGUACAGCAUAUUGGCUGCAAACCAACUGCAUCGACUAGACGGAUCCCCAGCCUGCUGCUGUGCAGGUACAGCGCGGAACUGUGGAACAUUGGGGUCAGCCUUUUCAUACAGGAUGGUCCCUUCUUCAUUGUGCGUUCAAUCCUGAUGGGCCACUUCAGAAUAUUCAAUCAAAUGCUGGUGUUUUUUACAGCUAAGAAUAUCCUAGUUGUGACUCUACAAUUGUAUCGUUUGGCAGUGAUAACGUUAGACUUCCGUGCUACCAUUCUACAGAAGAGCAGGAAAGGAGAAGUCGGCUGUUGCCCAUGUGAGCCUUAUGAAGCCAGUACUCAUGCUAUCGCUGACCAAGAUACCGAAAUGAAAGAAGUUGUUGCUUUUCCUCCAAAAGAGGAAUCCCAAGCUCCAUCAGAAGAGCAGUGAGCAGUAACCGACUUCAAAGAGGUUGCAUUUCCCACAGCAUCUUCAGAAGGGCUUAGCGUAUUUCUAUGAUCAAACACACCUUGAGCGAGCGCCUAAGUCACCUCUUCCACCAAGAGAUCAAUAUUUUCUUCUAAAUUGUAGGGGAAAUUUCUGAAGCAAAGUCAUAGAAAUGGGACGUUUUUGUAUCCAUUUGUAUGCUGGGUUUUGACUAGUUCCCUAUUAUAUUAUCCACAGGGAUUUUGUAGCCAUAGUUUGUAGUAGCAAGAAAGGUUUGGCACACUGACAAAAUUGGUUAUUACCUUUGGUGACACUGUGCUAACAUAUGUACUCACAUGUAUUCAAAUAGAAGGACACGCCUGUCCAUGAUGGGAAGUACGAAAGCAUUUAGCUCAGCUGUAGCCCAACUUCAGUGGUUGGCCUAUAACUAGAGAGUGUGACGAACAGUAUGUUCACUGCGUAUGGAAGCAGCUUCAGCAGCAACAACUGGGCAGACAUAGAAUUGAAGGGGGGAUGACGGAUUUCUACUGUUACUGUGACAUCAAAACAUUGUUCAUUCAAGAAAUUUAAGAAAAACUUAUUCAAAUGUUACCUCAUCCUUGGCUGGAUUCAGUUAAAAACUAUGCAACACCAUCAAACGGCAUAAACAAAACUGUCUCUUAGGACCUGCAUGGUCUGAAUAACCUAAACCUUACAAAAAAAAAAAAAGCAGCUUUCAUUGUGCUUGCAGUUGAGAAGUUUUUAAAAUGUCUUCAUUUUAUAUGAUUUUUAAAAGUAGCCUGACUCAGGCAUACAAGCUAACUAGAAAGAAAAUGGCACUGCUCAAGUUUGACAAGACAAUCUAGACAAAAGGAUCCAGGCUUGUGCUUCACAUUUUAUAAAGCACCACAAGGUCCCAUAAAAUAGCUUGAGAGAUUGUCUGGUUUGUUGACUGUCAAGAUCCAUUUUUAAGAAAUGGCUAAUAACUAUUCAUUUAAUACUUUGACAUUUGGAGUGAACAACAUAGGGACUGAUUAAUUUCUCCUAAGAACACACUUUAUAUCUGUGCAAGACCAUUGACUUUGCUAAGCUUAGCUUAUACAAGCUGAAAGUCAGAUAAGUGAUCUUUGAAAGUCUGCCUAAAAAUUGUAGUUCACAGAAAGUGGCAGAUAUUUUUACAAAUUUCUGCAUAGAUUCUAAAAGAGUGCAGAAAAGUAUAUAAAAAAACCUAGCAAAUGUGAAGUGACCUAAUUAAGGUAACUUCCCUUACUAAAAAUUCCCAGUUAAACCUUAUUUUCUAAAGUCUCCACUACCUAAAGACGGAAUCUGGUCUGGGGAAUGAAUAAAGGUGUUUCUGUCACCACUGCAGCAGCCAUAUGCUUAUUUAUCUGUAGUCUGAUAAGCAAUGACAAGGACAAGUUUAUUCUUCGAAAGAUUGACUUAUUUAAAAAUUCCAACCCCCAAACACGUGAACCUGUGUUUAUAUUUGUGAGCUCUUACUCAUUCUUUGCAGGACCAGGCCCCUCCAUUAUGAAAGAAGAAAAUGCACAGCCAUAAAGAAGGAAGGAAGUCUCAUAUACUUCAUAGCCCUUUCUAACAUUUAUACUUUAGUAAUAACGUGCAACACCUCCUGCUUUUCUUAUUUUGGGCCUUUUUCCAGAAGAAAUUAAAAAAAAAAAAAGAUCAUCAUUGGCCACGGCAUUGUGAGGUAGACAUAUGGAGACUGGAAUGCAACUUCAUUUGGGAUUUUAAUUCAAGUCUAGAAGCAGAAAAGCUGGAGUGCUGCUGCUGACCAGCUGUGCUGUCUAAAACCUUUCACAUUAGGGUGAAUUUAGAAUCAGUGGGUAGAACUGCAACACAUCUCUUCCUUGUUGAUGCAAGCCAGGACUACUCACAUUCAUUUUGAGUUUACCACUUGCUGAUAUAGUAAUUAUCCCGUUAAAAGGAUCCUUGCUAAUUAAUUUGCAGUGUACUGAGCUUGCUAGAACAUCAUUCUAAAUUCAUCAGCACAAAAAUUGCAGGACAUACUUUUUAAAACUUGCUGUCUAUUUAAAGGGCUUAGUUCAGCAACAAACUGCCUGCGAGGCUCAGCCUGCAGCAAAUGCAAGAUCCCCCGGGGCCAGCAAUACAGAGACUAGUUACAGCAGGAAUAUUUUACAGAGCACUGUAUUUCCUGGUCUUCAGGCUGUUCCAUUUUAAACAGCAGUAAAGCUUCUAAUCAGAUUUACUGUGAGAAGAACUCACUCCAAUGCUAGGUUUUUACUACUAGAUCCCAUCCUCAUUCACUCGCAGACAAAAUAGACUAGAUCUCCCGCAUGCUUAUGAUAGAAUGGAUUUGGACUUCCCUUUUCCUCCCUACUAUCAGGGAUGACAACAAACGGAUUGCUUAAAAACAAAAGAAAACCCAAACAGACAAACCGAGCACUUAAAGGGUGGGUAGUCUAACCCCCCACCCUUUCAUCACAUAUGCCAGGUAGCAGCAGGAAUGACGUGCAGUUCCCUCUACUCCAUUGAGAUACCUGGAAAUGGCAGUUAAGAAGCCUGGUAGCUUGUAUGUUUGGUCACAGUGGCAAACCCCAGUUGCAAGCCCUCCUCACCUUUCUCUUGAUAAUUUUGUUGAGAGGGAGGACUCCAGCAUUGUUUUUCCAGCAGGCCAUUUGUGGCAGCUGCAUCAGCAGCUGGGUGUGGGGCGUUGUGUCAUCCUGCAGCCUUCCAGAGCUUUGCACGAGGCAAGUGGCAGAAUGCAUUUUCUUGAGAAUCUGCCAGCAUCUGUGGCGUAUCUAAAGAACAACUGAUGUCAUGCUUGGUAUUCAGGAAAAGCUGCAAUAAACUUUCAGACAGGGAAAAUUCAAGCCUUCAAAAUGGAAGGAUUUCAGAGCAUUUAUCUUCUCUGUUUUUUUACUCUAGUCAGGAGAAUUACAUUACUAAAUCUCCUCUGCAAAUAGAUAUCUAGCCAUUUACCAUUAUUUAUUCUGGUUUUUCCUGCCUUGUCCUUUUAGAUUAUUCUAUAUUAAACCUCACUAAAAUGUUUUACCACUUGUUUUUUUCCUGAGCUAAAAUGUAUUCUUCCUUUCCUUUGGACAUUGGCUGAAAUCAUAGCCCUAAGCCUGAAAAAAAAAAAAAAACAA